AUGACUUCAUUAGGACCGCCUACUAAUUUGCCGCCGAUAAACACAGCCGGUACGGCUGGUUUACAACCUAAUCUCGUCAGAACUUUUUCCAUUUCUCUUCCAUUAGGGUCGUGA